UCUUACUGUCAAAACAGCCUACAACAACAUGAUGGACCUGUUUGAGACCAACACUUAUUUUUUCAAUGAUUUGCGUUAUCUUGAGGGGGACCAUGGGACCUUGGAUAUGCCAGAAGUGUCCCCUUUGUACGAGGGGAAUGACAGUCCUCUAUCCCCAGGUCAGGAUCCCGUCCCGUCAGAAACGGGGUGCGAGAGCAGCGGAGAGGAGCACGUCCUCGCUCCACCAGGGCUCCAGGCGCACUGCGAGGGCCAGUGCCUCAUGUGGGCUUGCAAGAUCUGUAAACGAAAAUCUGCUCCGACUGACCGGCGAAAGGCCGCCACUUUGAGAGAACGAAGGCGGCUCAAGAAGAUCAACGAAGCUUUUGACGCGCUAAAGAAAAAGACGGUGCCUAAUCCGAACCAGAGGCUGCCCAAAGUGGAGAUUUUACGCAGUGCGAUAACCUACAUUGAGAAACUGCAGGACCUCUUGCAUUCGCUGGAUGAGCAAGAGCAGAGCAAUGACACUGACCCUUACACAUACAACCUGAAGGAAAACCAUGUGACUGCCAGUGAGUAUCAUUGGAAAAAGACCUGCCAGAGCUGGCAGGAGAAUCCAGAUCAUUCCAGCUCCCAGAUGGCAGGUCAUAGAGAAGGAGCUGUGUUGGAGUCUUCAGAGUCCAGCAGUCUCCGUCGCCUCUCCUCCAUUGUGGACAGCAUUUCCACUGAAGAGCCCAAAGCUCGCUGUCCCAGCCAGAUCUCAGAGAAGUGAAGCUCAAACAUCACCCACCUCACAUUUCCCAAUAUUUUUAUUUAUUUCCAUGAGCUAGUGUCGAUGUUUUAAAUGUAAUAGGUGACACUUUGCAAUAACUUUUUAUAAGUUGUUAACAAACAUGCCUAUAUAAUGCAUAACAGAUCAGUCUGACGAUUCAAUUCAAUUAAUUUCUUACUGCAUUAGCUAAUGGUAACUAUCUGAUACACUAUAUAUUAAUCUUUGUUCAUUUAAAUGUUAAAAAUACAACUGUUCAAUGUUAGUUCAACUUAACAAUUGAAGUGAAUUAACCUUACCCUGUUACACAAAUGAAUAUUUAUACAAAUAUGUGAAAAAAUAUUUUCAAUUAGUAAAUUAAGGUUCCAAAAGGAUGACGUUUGCUAUGUCAACUUCCAAAUAUGUUAAUUAUAUUUAUGCACAAAACUGGAAUAUCACAUAAAACAUUUGUGAAUGAAGCUCUGUUUCCAUCCAAUGAGUCAAAGAGAAAAAAAAGCGGUCACUUCUCGAUAAACUAGCGGCAAAAAUCUGAACGAAAAAAGGAAUUUGCUGUGGUAAACGAAGCUACUGUGGGCUUCUAUAUUUUUUUAUAAAUUACUUCCACCUCAGAAGUUGAAAUGUAAUGAAUGUGCAGUGGAUUUUGGAGGUGUAAGAUGCAUUAUGAGAACGCAGCCAAUUAAGACAAUUCUGGAGGUAAUAAUACUGAACCAUUUUGAUGACAGACUUUGGCUGAGGGAUUUUAGAAUGACCAAAACAUUUCAGAUAGUUUAACAAUGUGUUCGGUCUGCUAGUUUAUCCAUUAAUUCUGCCCCAACGCACAUAUCACAUGAUCUGUAAAACAAAAUCACAUUACUUUUUCGCUAAAUGUGUUUUCAUUGUAGUUUAUGUAGAGUUUUUCUUAACAAUUAAAAGUUUAUGCAAUACUCCAAAAUGUGCAAAAAAUAGGUGGAUGGAAACAGCCAUAAAAGCCAUUAUAGUUUGCCAAAGAAACUUUUCAGUGAACAAAUUUUUUUCAUAGUGUGAUGAACAUUUUCAUAAUCUAAUGAACCUUAUUCCACUAUAAAGAACUUUUAGGAAGGAACUAUUACCAUUCUAUUAAUGUAACUAUUUCUCCCAGUUAUUAAUCUUUAUAUUUUAUUUAAGAAUGUUUUUGAUCUGUUAAGCAUUGCAUACUGUAAUAUUUUAUUGCAUUGUUUAUAGUUUUAAUGAAGUAUUAUUUUGAAGUGUCCCGGUGUAAUAAUAUGAGUUGUAAUUGACCAUUCAGUGUAGUAACUGCAGGUAAUUCCAGGUUUAUUUCAGGAUUAUUAUUAUAAACAAUAUGAUUCUUGUCCAUUUAUGUGGUCCUCUAAAAUGUACAUAUUUUGUAAUAUAUUGCUGUUACUUAAAUUCUUUUAUAAAUUAACAUGAAAAAGAGAGCACUUGAUCACUGCUGGAUGUCUU